CUUCUUGAUGGGAAACAUUCACGUUGAAUUGCACGUACUUAGCAGUGACUAUCAUUCAUGAUCUGUAGGCUGCAUGGGAGUUGGCCAGUUAUCAUAGCACUUGGAUAUGUACUAACGUUGGCGGUCUCUAUCAUGGCCGAAGCUGAACCGCAGCACGCGUUCGAUCUUAGGAUCCCUCACAAAGGAAACGAGACUCGCUGGACGGUCUCAAUCUCAGACGAAUGGGAUGUUCUAGGACCGUUUCCUAUCCACGCACGUGAACAGCACUUUCUCUCCCCCUCGUUCCCAAUCGACCUUUCACGGGUGGUUGACCUUUCCCUUCGCUAUCCAUCCUCCUACGCAGAUGGAGGCUCCGUAGGAUGGACCAAAGCCACAUCUUCUAACGGCAAUCUGGCCGUCUCCUUCCCGGACGUAAGAUGGGAUUCGCUUCGGCGUACAGAAGGGUGGGCGGCGUUGCAGCACCACAGUCUUCUGCGAACCGCCAUAGUUAUCCAACCCCUUUUAUCAGGGUCGACCGAUGAGACCUUAAGCUCGCCAAGACUAUCGGUCUCAAUGCUACAGGGAUCUCUUUUCACCAUCACGCCCUCUUCUCCAAAUCUCAAUUUUACGCCAAAAUGGUAUGCUGGGAAUAUAUAUGCCAUGGGUGCUUCUCUACCCCAAGCUGUGAGCCUGCCAGAACCACCUUCUCCAACAGAGCCUACCGUGUAUCAUCUCUUCUUGAGCGGAGAUUAUGAGAUCAGGCUGUUUGGAGACCCGAAAGCUCGAGGCAGCGAUGUACCAGAAUUACAAAUCAGCUAUACUGUCGAGAUAGAACACCCUCGAGAGGCUCUGACAGUACAACCCACUCAUCAUGUCGUACCUGACUUCGUAGACGGGUGGGCUUUUGGGGAUGCCUUUGGUAUUGGUCUUCGCAGUGUGGAUGGCUGGUGGACAGUCACUGAUGCCAAGAUCCACAAUGAAGAGUUCGAGUUGCCCACUCCGACGGCUCUGCAUGACACAAGCAGCUUACACGAUUAUCAGGUACUUCCCCUCCGGCCAAGCAGGUUAGCACCGACACAGACUCGCAUUAUACCAUUACGCUUUACCCAGAAGAAACCGCUAUGUGCAUCUGAACUUCACUUGGAACUCUCUGCCACAUCCCACACUGGAGUUUCCCUUACAAUCCAUGUUACCCUCCAUGUCAAACAGCAGACGCAAUGGAACUCUACCCGCUCCUCACCAAUCAAGGCCACGUACUUCUUCGCGGGUUCGAUGCCUACGGGAUUCCUUGUCACACCUCCUAAAGAACAGAAAAAUGGGCAAUUGAGAACCCCUCUUCUCGCUUUACACGGCGCGGGGGUCGACAUCUUUGCUCAAGAUUUCUGGCCCCAAGCUCUCCCUCGACAGCAAUACAGCUGGAUUAUCAUGCCCAUUGGACGAACGAGCUGGGGAUUGGAUUGGCACGGUCCGAGUGCUGAAGAUGCGUGGUCAACUGUAGAUGCAUUAUUCCAAAUACUCCAAGGGCAUCACCGAUGGCAUCCGUGGCGUAUUGCAAACAAUUCACGUGUCGUGCUUCUGGGACACUCAAAUGGAGGACAGGGAACGUGGUACAUGGCAUCUCGUCAUCCAGAUCGAGUCGUAGCAGCCGUGCCUGCCGCUGCAUACAUAAAGUCGCAGGCAUAUAUACCCCUCACGCUAUCAAGGUCUGCUCAUUAUAUGGAUCCGUCCCUUCGAUCUAUUCUCGAGUCUUCGCUGACUCCUGACGAUAACGACCUCUUCAUCUCAAACCUCGCAGGCACGCCUGUACUCGCCGUUCAUGGAGGUGAUGAUGAGAAUGUUCCUGUGUGGCAUACUCGUGAGGCCGUUAGUGUCUUCAAGACGUGGUAUCCUGAUGCGAAUAUUACGUUUAAGGAAGAUGCUGGAGAGAGUCAUUGGUACCCUACUGUAUUUGACAAUGACGAAGUCCAGGAUUUCAUUCGCAGCGCUGUAAAGCAAGCCAACCCCGCGGAUGCAUCAUCUCUGCAUUCGGCCUCGCAGUUCACUCUAACGGUUGCUGUUCCAAGAGAAAGUGGAUCACUCAACGGAUGGAGAAUUCUCCAAUUGAGGACUCCAGGACGUCUCGGUCGGCUCACUGUGGAGGUCAGCAGUGAGUCUGUGUCCGUGAAGACUCAGAAUGUGGCAGCAUUCUCUAUCAAGUGGUCAACUUCAUUUUUCGACACUUUUAUCAUCGACGACUCUGAAGUCAACGUAGACUUCGCUGGUGAGGGUACCCAACUUAGCUUUGUCUAUAACAGUCAUAGAUGGCAGAAUCUUCUCAUUCAAUUCUCGGGCCGCAUGUACAACAUUUUCGCAACGGCUGGACCUCUUACUAUUAUAAUCCCCAACAAUUCGUCUUCUGUACAGUCGGCUGCUGCGCGUUUGGCUCAUGACCUAGAUACAUACCACAAACUUGACGCGGAAAUUGUGUACGCUGAAGCUGCCGUCCGGCAGUUGACGGCUGGCAGUCUGAGCCAGGGGAACUUGAUCUUACUCGGUGGGGCUUCAAACACCUUCACUCAUCGUUUGCUUGCCGCCAAGCACACUGUUUUCAGUAUGAAUGGUGAAUAUAUCCGUAUACGCGGAAAACCGGUUGAUCCAACAUUCGCGACGUUGUUCCUUCAUCCCCAUUCCACCAAUCCUGCAGGGCUUGUUUUGAUUUCGUUUACAAGCAACGACAGUGCCUUGGAGAGAGCAAUGCGACUGUUCCCAAUGCGCACGGGCAUUACUCUUCCUGACUGGAUAAUGGUCAGUGAUUUGACGGAUUCCAUAGGAAGUGGAGGCGUCCAAGCUGCCGGGGUCUGGAAAAACAACUGGACGUGGAACGAGCCGAUGUCAUUCAUUCAUGCAUUCUAGAUUAUAACAACUGGUAUUAGGAGUAAUACAUUGGGAUAUACAGAACACAGUUAGGAUAAGCAGUAGUUGGAUGCGUAAAACCCGGCCGUAAGCAAAGUUCGGAUGGCUACGUAUACCUUUUGGAACACGGGGAAUGCGAGGUCAUAUUACAAUACAAAUGCGAUGAGGAGAGGACAGAUCCCAAAAGAGAAAAAGAACAAGAGGAUAUAUAGAACAGAUAGCGACGUCGAUAGCGGUAACAGUCUACGGGAAAAUUGAUUUGGCCACCUGUCAUGCGAUGUCAGUGGCGACUUUCCGUUUC